UGUGUGUGUAUGUAGCGAAGCGGCUAUUUACCACUACGCUAACAAGACAUAAACGUUACCUUUUGGAGUGGUUAGGCGGCGCAACGUUUGCGAAUUACAACACAGCUGAUUGUGUGUGCAUUGUCUGUCCAAACAAACAAUUGUAGUUCGAAAACAAACAUCUAUGUAGUCGCUGGAAUCAUGGGGAAGCAUCAACAGGAACUUUUUUGGAGUACAUGUAUAGGUUACCUAAUUGUUGGACUUCUUAUUUUCGUAAGCAGCGUGUCUGCAAAUGUUAUUGGCCAGAAGGACGAGGAUGACACUUCAGGGCUUUAUAACGCCAGUGAUCAUGUUUAUAUCUUAGACAAUAUUAAUUUCAAGUCUAGCGUUUUACAAAGCAAGAGAGCAUGGUUGGUUGAAUUUUAUAACAGCUGGUGUGGUUUCUGCCACAAAUUUGCUCCAAUAUGGAAAGCUUUGGCGAAGAACGUUCAUGGUUGGAGAAAAAUUGUUACAAUAGCUGCCAUUGAUUGUGCCAACGAUGAUAAUAAUCCUAUAUGCAGAGAAUAUGAAAUAAUGAGAUAUCCUACUCUUAAAUUCUUCCCAGUGAAUUCAAAGACAGACUUUUUAGGCCUAGAGGUACAAAAAGACAAGGAUGAAGAGCUUAUAAUGCAAAGCUUAGUUGUUCAGCUUGAAAAAGAACAGCAAGAGCAGCGUGGAGGAUCAGACUGGCCUAAUUUAGCUCCAUAUCGAAACAAUGACAUUGACACAUUAUGGACUGGAAUUCCUGCAAAUAUUGAAUAUCAAUUUCUGAUUUUUGAUGAGCCCAAUUCACAUUUAGGAGCUGAAGUUAUAUUAGAUUUAUAUGAAUUGAAUAAUGUACGAAUUAGAAGGGUCACAUCAGAAAACAUUCUUCUCCUAGUUGGAAGUAAAGUGAAUAAAUAUCCCAGUAUUUUAGCUAUCAAUAAGGAUCAAACACAAACUACUCUGAAACUUGAUAAAUUAACGCGAGAUGGACUUAGAGAAACAAUUUUGGAAUUUCUAAAAUCAAAAGGAAUAUCCACAGGUGUGAAAGAUUUUUCUGAUAAUGCUACCUACCAUAAACUAAUACACAGUCCCAAAAAAAUGGAACCUAUUAAAGUAGAAGAUAAGUUGUACCAGUUAGAUUUAGAAACUACACUUCGAUAUACUUUGAAUAAUGAAAUACCACUUUCAAAGCAUAUUGAAGGUGAAAAGCUAAAAGCGCUUCAAACUUACUUGAAAGUUUUAGCUCACUAUUUUCCUGCUUAUCUGCCAAAGAUGAAAACGUAUUUACAAGUUUUAAGUGAAAUUGUUAAGAGUAAAAGUAAUAUAACCGGGAAAGAAUUCAGAAAAGAAGUCAAGUCUAAGGAAGAAGGACUAACACCAGUUUAUUCAGGCCCAAAAACUUGGAUUGGAUGCAAAGGUAGUGAUCCUACGCUCAGAGGUUAUCCUUGUGGCUUAUGGAUUUUAUUCCAUACGCUGACUGUGUCAGCUGCAGAUGAUAAUAAUGAUGAUCAAGUUGAUAAACCUCUAGUUUUAUCUGCAAUGCAUGGCUACAUUAAAAACUUUUUUGGUUGUGCUAAUUGUUCAGACCAUUUUCAAGCAAUGGCUAAGAAAAGAAAUCUGUUUGAUGUUCAUGGAAAUGAUGAGAGUAUUUUGUGGCUGUGGAGAGCACAUAAUGAAGUUAAUGAAAGAUUAGCUGGUGAUGAAACUGAAGAUCCAGAGCAUAAGAAGAUUCAGUAUCCAUCCUCCAAAGAUUGUCCACAGUGUAAGCAAUCUAAUGGUAAGUGGGACGAAAAUGAAGUCUUAAUCUAUUUGAAAAUGAAGUAUGGUAGGUCAAGAAUUAAUCUAGAAGGUAUUAGCAGUGAAUUAUAUCAUCAAGAAAGGAAUAGUAGUGCAUCAAACUCUGGUGUAAGUCAUCGUAAGAUUGGUUGGGAUUUUACAAUAUUUGAUAUUAGCAUUUGCGUUGUGCUCUACAUUAUUUCAGCCACAAUGCUGACUCUGGUAUGCAUUAAAUUUGCUUAUAAACGAACUUACAAGAAAAAAAUAUCACAUUUAUUUGGUUUAGCCUAAAUAAUUUGAAAAGCAAAUCUCAAUGUGAUAAAUGAAAAUGUAUAUAUGUUUUGCAAUAUGAUGACCAAGGCGUUAUUUUGUAAAUCAUGUUUAGAAAUGAAAUGUACACAGUGUAAAAAUACUAAUGGUAGAAUAGUAAUAUGCUUUGUACAUAGGUUGUGACAUAAUUUUGGUUUAGAGAAUAUUUAUGUUGUAAAUUAUUUUCAAAAAACAAUUGUACAAUUUUUUCAUACAUUUUUUAAGAUAACUUGAAAUUUUACAUAAUCUUAUUUUGAAAUAUUUACUAUCAAAUACAUCUUUUGUAUAAUUAAUCUAUCUUUAACGGUUUACAAGUUAAAUAUUAAUAUAACAUCUGAUUCAAAUACUUAUAUUUAAUUGUUCUUCUCUAAAUAACAUUUUUAUUGAUAAACUUCAUAAGAUAAAGUUUUUCGUUCCAUACAAAUUUUUUUUAUUUAACGGGUGUGACGUUAACCAAAGUUAUGAAUGACUGCCUUGAAUGUAUAUAAAAGUGGUAGACUUUUCAAAUUUGUAAUAAUCUAAAAAAUAUAUAACUUUAUUCAACGCAUCCAGUGCAGUUGAUAUAUACAUAUGCAUUUUUUUCUGAAUAUCAUUUAUCGUUUUAUUUUCAAUUAAAAAUGGCAGCUUAUACGAUAUACUAUUAAAAAAGGAUUCUGUUGCGCAAUUGUUACGCUAUAACUUUUUUUCAUGUAGUAAGCUUUUGGUUGUAUUUUAAAAGAGCAAUAAAUCCUUGAGAGGAAAACUGAUGGAUGGCACUGAACAUUUUUUUAAACACUACGAUACAAGACUAUUGUAAUUUCAGCAUUUCAAAGUCUGUGUAAAAGAAACCUGUGUGUAAUAAUAACCAAAAUGAAUAUUGUGAUUAAAAAUAAAUUAAUUAUACAAUUUUAUUUUAUUAAGUUAUAAGAGUGUUUAUCAAUUCAAUUAUUUCAUGUAAUGAAAAAUUUUGAAUAUUAUUCAUCAUGUGAAAUACAUGUCUAUGCACCGAUCUUCCUAUAUAUAAUAUGAAUGGUUUUUAUCA